GGAGCAGUCCCGGUAGCGCCACGUCUCGGGCAGGAGGGAGGGCAGGAGCCUCAGGCAGCCCCACAGAGUGCUUUAUUAACCUGCUGGAAUUUCCGAGUGGCCUGCAGACUGUGCUGAACUAAGCUGCCCGCUCUAAAACAACAGAUGAAAAAGCAUUAGCAUUGUGUGCCCAGUGGUAGCCGUGCCUCCAAUGGAGAGAAAAAGGACUUGAUAAUUCACUUGGAAGUGAGUUAUUCAGCAGAUGAGAGAAUUCCCAGUGUCUUUGCCAUGGACUCGUCCGUUCUCCUGCUGGAAAAGCCAGACAGCAAUGGAGCCCCCUGCGGUUCUGAACAGCUUGUGGACCUCAAGGCCAGGUUGGAGUCACCUGCAGAAGGAGAUGGCAGAGAGAUUGCUUGUGCAAAUGAUGGCCAAGUGCCAGCUGAAGAAGAGAGUCUGGCACCGAACAAUGAGGAGAGCCCUUUCCAGAAUGGACCAGCAUCUCGCUUUCCUGAUCUCCCUGCAUCUGUCGAUCUUGCCAGCAGCCCACGUGGGGAAGAGCCCGCUCCAGGUGUGCCUGGUUUCAAUGCCAACCUAAAGUCGUCUCGGGGAGCUAGUGCUGAGGGCGUAGUUCUUAGAAAAGAAGCGUUGCAGUCCCUCAAACUAAGCCUUCCCAUGCAAGAAACGGAAUUGUGUUCCUCUGAUUCUUCUCUUCCUUUGGAGAGGGAAGAACAAAUCAGACUUCAGGCAAGAAGGCGCCUUGAAGAGCAGCUGAAGCAGUACCGUGUGAAAAGGCAUCAGGAGAGAAAGCAAUCUAAAACCCGUCCCUCCAGUACCCUCGAUCCUGAGCUAAUGUUAAACCCAGAGAUCUUGCCAAGGGCCAGCACUGUAGCUAUGACAAAAGAAUAUUCCUUCCUGCGGACCAGUGUCCCACGGGGACCUAAAUUGGGAAGCCUUGGCCUUCCAAUGCAGUCUAAAGAGAGGAAAAGUUCCAAAUCUUCCCGGUCAAGUAAGAUCCGAUCCCUGGCCGACUACAGAACUGAAGACGCAGAGGGAAACGCUAGUGGGACUGUGCCGGCUGGCGAUUCACCCAGCGCUUCUCUAAAGCAAAACAGAAACAGCCUGACUUCGGUCGUGUCUGAGAUCAGACUGACCCCUGACCCAGACGACCGCCUGGAGAUUUCCUCCUUGGCAGAAGACAGCGUGUCGGAAAUUGACGGAAGUGAUGUCGGAAUGCGGCUGGAUGGCAACGAGAGCGACAGCUCCACCUACAGCAGUGUCUCAGGCAGGGGUCUGCACAGCACUUUACUCAAUGCAGAAAGCAAGCAGGCCGUUUCGUUCACUGUGAAUGGCCAGGAGAUUCCUUUAGAUGCUGUUGGACAGUUUCCUUCCAUCCGGGAAGUGUUGCAGGCCGCAGCGAAGGAAGGACAUAGCCAGGAUCAGGAGCUGAACGGGGAGGUGAGGAGUCGGAGAGACAGCAUCUCCAGCAGUAUAUCAAUGGAAAGCUCUAUUAUGGGCACGCAUGAUGAAAUGUUGCAGGUCCUCAAAGAGAAGAUGAGACUGGAAGGCCAGCUAGAAGCGUUGUCAUUAGAAGCCAGUGAGGCUCUUAAAGAGAAAACAGAAUUACAGACCCAGCUUGCUGCUUUGAACAUGAAGCUUCAGACCCAGAUGGAACACAGUCACAGCAGCCAGCAGAAACAGGAUUCCCUGAACUCGGAGGUGGCCACCUUGAAGCAGUCGUGCUGGGAUCUGGAGCGGGCCAUGGCGGAGCUGCAGACUGCCUUGGAGGCCAAGAACGCCAGCCUGGCUGCUUCUAAUAACGAUUUGCGGGUGGCAGAAGAACAGUACCAAAGACUCAUGGGGAAAGUGGAGGACUUGCAGAAAAGCGUCAUUAGCAAGGAUAGUGCAGUUCAUGACCUCCGACAGCAGCUUUCAUCUCUGCAAAACCAGCUCCAGCAGGUGCAGUUGGACCGCACAACGUUGACCAACAAGCUGAAAUCGUCUCAAGCAGAGAUUGCUUCGCUGCAGAAAGUUCGGCAAUGGUACCAGCAGCAGCUGGCGGUAGCACAAGAGGCGAGGGUUAGAUUGCAGAGUGAGAUGGCAAACAUACAGGCUGGGCAGAUGACCCAAGUGGGUCUGCUUGAACACCUUAAGAUAGAGAACGUAACACUCUCUCAUCAGUUAACGGAAACUCAACACAGGUCCAUCAAAGAGAAGGAACGGAUAGCCUCACAGCUGCAAAACAUUGAGGCUGACAUGUUAGACCAGGAAGCAGCCUUUCUGCAGAUCCAGGAGGCCAAGACUAUGGUGGAAGAGGACCUGCAGAGAAAACUGGAGGAGUUCGAGGAGGAGAAGGAACAACUCCGAAAAAUGGCAGAUUCAGCAGCAACGUUGGAGCAGGAGUUAGAGCAGGUGAAAUUAACGUUGCAUCAACGAGAUCUCCAGGUGGAAGCUCUGCAACAGGAGCAGCUGGAUCUUAUGAAGCAGCUGACUUCCACCCAAGAGACCCUGCAGACCCGCGAGGAGUCCUUGAGUGACCUUCAGACCCGUUACGAUGACGUGGAGGCCAGGCUGCUGGAACUGCAGGGGGAGACUGCUGCCAAAGAUGAGACCAUCCAGUUUUUACAGAAUGAGAAGAUCGUUCUGGAAGUAGCCCUGCAGGUAGCAAAAGCGGGGAAAGAAGGCCUCAACGAAGGAGUCAAGCAUUUAGGAGAAGGCGCGGAGGCAGCAUCGGACAUGUUGGAGCAACUGAAGCAGGAACUAGCUAUCAAGUCGAGUCAGGUGGAGAAUCUGCAGCAUGAAAGUGCAAGUCUUAAGAAGCAAGUGCAGAAAGUGAAAGAGCAGUUCCUUCAGCAAAAGGUGAUGGUGGAAGCAUACCGCAGAGAUGCGAGCUCAAAGGAUCAGUUAAUCAGCGAGCUGAAAGCUACGAAGAAGAGACUGGACUCUGAAAUGAAGGAACUGAAACGGGAGCUCCUACAGCUUCAGGGGCAGAAGAAAUCUGUGGAGGUGGAAAAAUCAAGACUGGAGAAGGAAGUCUCACAGGUUCGGCAACAGAUGGAAGAGCUGGAGAGCCAUCUGCAAGCAGCGCAGAAGGAACGAGAUGACAUGGAGACCCAUCUGCAGUCUUUGCAGUUCGACCGAGAACAAAUGGCUGCUCUCACCCAGAUGAAUGAGGCGCUAAAGCAACAGGUAGAGGAAAUGCAACAGGAAACCAAAAUGGCCAUUACUGAGCAGAAGCAAAAAAUGAAGCGACUGGGGUCUGACCUGAACACAGCACAGAAGGAGAUGAAAGUGAAGCACAAAGCCUACGAGAAUGCUGUUGGAAUCCUGAGUCGGCGGCUGCAAGAAGCCCUCACUGCAAAGGAAGCAUCAGAAGCAGAGCUGAGCAAACUAAAAGCACAGAUCACCGAUGGAGAACAGAGCCAGGCAGGCCAGGAAAGGAUUCAGGCUCUGGAGGUGGAAUUACAAGCUCUUGGCCACAGCAAGAUGGUGCUCGAAAAGGAACUGCAAGAAGUGAUCUCCGUCACCAGCCAAGAGCUGGAGGAAUACAGAGAAAAAGUCCUUGAACUUGAAGAUGAGCUUCAAGAAUCAAGGGGCUUCCGGAGGAAAAUAAAGCGUCUGGAAGAAAUCAACAAGAAGCUGUCGCUUGAACUUGAGCACGAACGUGGGAAACUUACCGGUCUUGGUCAGUCCAAUGCUGCUCUACGGGAACACAAUCGCAUCCUUGAAGCAGCACUGGCCAAGAGAGAGGCGGAUCUGGUGCAGCUUAAUCUUCAGGUGCAAGCAGUUCUGAAGCGCAAAGAAGAGGAGGAUCAGCAAAUGAAGCAACUGGUUCAAGCCUUGCAGAUGGCCCUAGAGAAAGAGAAGACGAAAGUGAAUGACCUUAAAGAACAGGUUGCAACAGCCAAAGCAGAGGCGGCCCAUAAUCGCCGUCAUUAUAAAGCGGCUGCCCUUGAGCUCAGCGAGGUGAAACGAGAGCUGCAGGCCAAAGAAACGCUCAUCCAAGCCCUUCAGACCGAAGUGGACAAGCUUCAGGCCAACGAGGGGAAGCAUUCUGAAGAAGUAUCCCAGUUCCAGCAAGAGCUGGCCGAAGCCCGGUCCCAGCUUCAGCUUCUGCGGAAGCAAUUGGACGAACAGCUCAGCCAGCAGCCUGUGGAAAAUCAAGAGGUUGAAGACCUGAAGUGGGAGGUAGAUCAGAAGGAGAGAGAAAUCCAGACCCUGAAGCAGCAGCUGGACCUGACGGAGCAGCGCAACCACAAAGAGUUAGAAGGCGUACAGUUGGUGCUGCAGAAUAUCAAGGCGGAGUUGGAGAUGGUUCGAGACGAUCUGUCCUUAACCCAGAAGGAUAGGUUCAUGCUUCAGGCAAAAGUGAGCGAACUGAAGAACAGCAUGAAGACGCUGCUCCAACAGAACCAGCAGCUGAAGCUGGACUUGAAACAUGGGAAGAUGAAGAAGAGGAAAGAACUGAAGGGAGAGUCAAAUUCUUCAAAUCCCGUGACUCCGGUGAAGAUCCCUGACUGCCCUGUCCCCGCAGCAUUGCUGGAAGAGCUGUUGAAGCCCCCAGCAGCUGUGAGUAAAGAGCCUUUAAAGAACCUCAACAGCUGCCUCCAGCAACUCAAGCAGGAGAUGGACAGUCUUCAGCGUCAAAUGGAGGAGCACGCGAUCACGGUACACGAAUCAAUGUCUUCAUGGACGCAGAUAGAAGGGCAGCUAACAGACCUUACUACAACCUUCCCUGCCUCUGCAUCAGGCAACCAGGAACUUCCCAACAGAGAUCUAAAGAUGCAUAAUCACAAUGCUGGUGGGAAGGAAGGGUUGAUGCAGUGACCUCAGUCCUCGUUGCUUCGUUUGAUAACCGUUCUAAGUAUGUUAAAAAAAAAAAAACAACUUUUAUCAACACAUUUGUGUUUUUUUAGAACAGACUUUCGAGUUCUCCAUCUUUCUUUUCUUAAUAGAAACAAAAAUAGGCAAAAUGUUACUUGAAGGCAGAACUUUAUUAAUCUUGUUUUUAAAUCCAUCUUAUCUGAGAGGGAGUCAUAAUUUGGUAGGGAGUUGAGACUUCAGUAAACCAAGAAGUCUCCAAGAGAAAUAUUCUCUCUUUCUCCCUGCCACCCCCAAUUCUGUAACAAACGGAGGCAGAAUUGGGUUGCAAAAAGAACUGGGUUUCAUGACAAAUGGCUUUUUUCCUAGAUGUUGCACACACACACUUAUCAGGAGUCCACGCUACCCAUGAUCUUCCAGAUACACUCAGAAAAUCCAGUGGUUGCCAAAGAGAUUUGCACCUGCAAAAUAAGCAUGUUGCUCCAUUCAGACAAGAUGGCAACUGCAUGUAUUGGGAGGAUCUAUAUAUGAUUACUGGUCUCCCAGUAUGCGUGAAAGUAACAUCUGAAAAGGACUACUUUUUCUGCCUCUUUUGAGCUGGCAAAUGUCUUCGAAAAUGGCUCAGUCUGGUCCAGAUUUUGGAAUAUGAGCCAGUUUGUGACACCUGGAGAUUUUUUUCUGUUUCAUGUCUUUUGUUGAGAGAGACCCUUGAUUACUGCAUUAACAAUAGCAGAUGAUCCAUAUGAAGCAUAUCUUCUCUGUAACUGUGAGUCUUGACAUCACGCACUCUGAAGUAGUUCCAUUGCAUCAACUGGGUCUGCUUCAGAGUAAAUGAAUUACGCAUUCACAACCAAAAGCCAGCAGAGAGCUCUGUUUUACUUUGGCAAGUUUAUUUGCACUUUUUGGGGGUACAGGGUGGGGGAUUAGGCAGAAGACAACUCCAGUGCUGGGGUCUAUAUAAAUAUUUAACCUGUCCUGGAGCAUAUAUUUUAAGGGGCUUAUAUAUUAUAGGUCACAAACUGCCAGGGUUUUGAGUUUUUGUUGCUGUUUUUAAAUGUAAUUACAUCUUAAGUUUGGUGUUUGGAAAAUAUUGUAUAUAAGGGGCUCAGGAAAGCUAGCCCGAAAAUCAGCUUUUUAGCAGUGUAAUUAAUUCAGUUAUAGAAUACUUUCAAAGACGAAUGUUAUAUAUUGCCUAUAAACCUCUAUUUGUUAGCUUUAACUCUUUCCCUCCUUCCUUCUAAUGCCCGAUUAGGAGCUUGGUGCUCAUGUAACCUUGUCUGCGGACACCGCUGCUGAUCUGACAUCUAACAUCAGCAGGCUGAAGCGACAUGCCUUAGACUUUUCUUCCGUCCCUGUCCCAUAGCUGAUGAUGCAAAGACUUGCUCCCAUCUCACUAGCUUUCAAAGCAAACAGCCCUGGUUUUGCUGGCUUCGUCCUUUGAACUGCACUUUAGGGUGUGCUAGAGAAAAUUCCAGCAAGGAGAAAUGAAUGGGCAUGUAGGAUAAAGCAUGGUAGAGGCUGAAAAGGUGUGGAAGUCUAGGCUGUAGUGUUCAGUUCAUUGAGCCUUAUAACAUUUGGAUCACUCCUCUCUUCAGCAUCCCAAACAACCAUGAGUAUGUUGUACUAAAUAUUAUGGAGAUGAGGGAACUGGGUGCACAACUGCUGUUUUCAGCAGCAGCUGUGUGUACGUUACAAUGUCCUGUUCCAGCUUAACGAUAGGACCGAUCUAUUCAUGGCAGACGUGAAAAACCUAGAGGAAGUGGCUUGAGGAUUUCUGCCUCUGGAAACAGCAUGAUCUGCAGAUUUGUUUUUAAUCAAACUUCUUAAAGGCAGGUACAUUUUUUUUUGUGGAGGGUAAUGUUUGCGUUGCUGUCCUAAGCAAAGUCACACCAUUCUAAACCCACUGACUUCACUAAGUGUAACUCUGCUUCGGACGGCACUGUUAACAUUGGGAGUGUUUCAGAUGACCCAGUUCACGUAACAUCCAGCAACGGCACUAAAGUUUUGAUGUAGAGUUGGCCCAACUCUAACUCUCCUUCACUGACAGGGAACUAUAUAUAUACUUUUUUUCCCAUUUUGCUUUUUAAUAACUGGCCGAUUCUCCAGCUUCUUUUUUUACUUGCAUUUGGAACAUAUUUGCUGUUGAAAAAAACUGAUUUUUUGAAAGUCUAGUAAGAUGUUAUAAUUGUUGCAUAUAAUAUAUGAAGGAAAGGUACUCACUUAAAUGUAAAGAAGGUUUGGAGGAGGUUUUUUUGUUUUGUUUUGUGCAUUGGUGGGGAAAAUUCUCUCUGAACAUGAUGUAAGCUAUUUUGUAAUACUAAUCAACUUAUCAAGAAGGAAGAAAAUACCCAAAAGCUUUAUUAACUAAUCCAGAUACACUGAAGGCUUAUACUACUAAGUCUGUUUUACCAAGUAAAUAGCAAUGUAUGAUUUCUUUUUUUGCUGCUGUCCUCCACCUUCUAGAAGUUUAUGUACCUGCUAACUUAAAAAAGGGGAAAAAAUAGUGUUUAAACACCAAAGUUAAUACUUUGUAAUCGUUUAAUAUAUAUGCGGCUCCAGAAUCUACACCAGUGAGGUUUUCAUAUUGCUUCUCAGUACACUGUAUUAUUUACAAGAAAGGACCUGGUAUAUAUAUGUGUGCGUAUGUGUAUGUAUAUAUAAAUAUAUAUAUUAAUAUUCAGCUGGGUACCUUGUGUGCCCAUAAAGGAUUUAUUUAGCAUAAAAGAAGCUGAAACAUUUGCAAUUGCUGAACAACCUUAUGUUUCCAGGAUACCGAAUUAAUUCUCUGAAUUAGUUCUGCUGAAUUAGUUAAACCAGUUUUCAAGGUUUCACCAAUUCCUGGCCAGCUUGUUAAAAGAAGCCAGACUGUGUAUUUAUAAAGCAGUGUAGCCUUAAGCCCAUGUUUUCCUUCUCAGAGGGAAAACGGCAACUUAUGUUGUAUUUUAGCUGAAGGAAAUCAAGAGUUCUCCUUAUAUACCCAAUAGACUUUCCUUUGCAGGACCACCUUUUUCCCCUUCCCCAAUUAGUUACAUCUGCCAUCUCUUCUGGUUUUGACUGUUGAGGAAGAAGGACUUGCAGAUCUAAAGCUGAAUCCAAAGCGGCUCACAUAGAAUGCAUUUCUUCUGCUCACUAAUGGAGGUGUCCAGGGGUGGAAUUCUAGCAGAAGCUGCUUUGCAUAUUAGGCCACACACCCUGAUGUAGCCAAUCUUCCAAGAGCUUACAAGGCUCUUUUGUAAGCUCUUGGGGGGAGUGGCUACAUCAGGGGUGUGUGGCCUAAUAUGCAAAGGAGCUCCCGCUAGAAUUCCACCCCUGAAGGUGUCUGUGGAUUUCUGCAGUUUCCUACUAGCCCCUCCUCCCACACUACAGCCCAUGAUGUCAGCUGUUGCUUCCUCUGUCUCCACUUCCGGACUGGCAGCCGAUGAGGUAUCAGGGCUUGCUACCCUGCCCCCUGGUGCCUCACGGGGCCGUAACUGGUCUAUGUGUCGCCUCUUCUGAGGUGACCUCAUACAUUAUGGCCCCCAGUACCCUGGAGACUUGGGCGGGUAUUCAUGCCACUUCCCCUCCAAAGUUUUUAGUGAACACCAGGUCCCCUGUGUCGAACCCUAUGGGCACCUGGACCAUCUCCAGUACCUCCUGCAGGUUUGGGGCCCGGUCUGGGUGCAUGCGGUUUAGUAAUGUGCUAAGCAGUUCUUCUGGGCUUCGGCCGGUUACUAUACUAGGGGUGUAGUGUUGGGCGAGCAGGCAUUCAGCUAGACGGGCGUCCCAGUCGCCCUGGACGAUGCGGCGAAGCGAUUCUUUGGUAGCCCGCACCAUCCUCUCCGCUUGGCAGUUUGUGGCGGGAUGGAAGGGGGCCAACCUUAUAUGCUUUAUUAUAUUUCAGCCACAAAAGUCUUGGAACUCGGCUGAAGUGAAUGCUGUCCCGUUGUCCGAGACAAGGGUGUCUGGCAACCUGUGUGUGGCGAAAAUCCUUCGGGGCGCUCCUAGUGUCGCCCUGGUGGAAGUGGAUGCUACCGGGAUUACCUCUAGCCACUUGGACUGGGAAUCUAUGAUCAGGAAGAAUACCUGUCCCUGGAAGAGCCCCGCAAAAUCUAAAUGCAGGCAGGACCAGGGGUUUAGUGUGUGUUCCCCUGCUGACCUGAGGCUCUAGGCGGAGCUGGCCGAGUCUCCUGGCAUGGCUGGCAAUGAGCUACCCAGGACUCAAUGGCAACAUCGAUCCCUGGCAACCAGACAUAACUGCGGGCUAGCACCUUCAUGUGCACAAUACCGGGGUGUGUCUCAUAUAGUGCAUUGAGGACCCGCUGCCUUAAAACCAGGGGUACCACCACCCUAUUUCCCCACAACAGACACCCCUUGUGUACAGACAAUUUGUCCUGGUGGGAUACAAACGCAGAGAACUCUGACCCCACCCGGGCCGCCAGCCAUCCCCUCCAUACCCAGUCCAGAACCCUUGAGAAGGUCUUGUCUUUCCUGGAGCAUCGGGCAAUGUCCGUAGCGUGUACCGGGCAGCCCAGAAGGGACUCCCAAUGACAUGAUCUGGUAAGCUGGGGCAGGUUCUGGGUCCAUGGAAGGCAGCGGCAGUCGGCUGAAUACGUCUGCGUGGCCCAUAACCUUCCCUGGUCAGUAGCGCAGGCCAUACUGGUACUCCGCAAGGAAGAUGGACCGCCGCAAGACCCGCGGUGAAAGCAUUUGUGGUGUCUGGCAGCCGGAGGCAAACAGUCCUAGCAAGGGCUUGUGGUCUGUGUGUAUUGUGAAGUGCCGGCCGCACAAAUAGUCAUGAAAUUUCUUUACCCCUGCAACUAUAGCCAGACCCUCCUUGUCAAUCUGCGCGUAGUUGCGCUCCAGCUUUUGCAAGUUUCGGGAAUAGUAUACCACAGGGACCUCGCGGCCAUCCGGCAGCACGUGAGCUAAGACUGCCCCUACCCCAUAUGGUGAUGCAUCACAGGCCAAGACAACUGGCAGUCGCUUGUCAAAGUGUGCCAGCAAGCUGUUGGAAGUAAAAAUGUCCUUUACCGCCUGAAAUGCCAAUGCUUGCCAGCGACCCCAAACCCACAGAGCCCUUUUGUCCAGUAGGCAAUGCAGAGGUUCCGCUACUGCCGCCUUGUAGGGAAGGAAGGCGUGGUAGCAGUUGAGAAGUCCCAAAAAUUAUUGUAGUUCUGCUUUGUUCCUGGGGGCUGGUGCAUCACAAAUUGCCCUAAUUUUGUCCCUAGCCAGGUGAAUCCCUUAUUCAUCCACGCUGUACCCCAAGAAGUCAAUGCUGGUCACCUCCAGUUCACAUUUCUCUCUCUUGACCUUCAACCCCACCCUGUCGAAAUGCUGUAAAACUGCUCUGAGGCGGGAUGCGAAUUCCUCCUCUGUGGCUGCGGCGAUCAGCACAUCAUCAAAGAAUGGGCUGCACCCCGGAAACGCCUUUAAGGAGGGAGUCCAUUAAGUUCUGGAAGAUCCCUGGGGCCACGCUGAUGCCGAACUGCAGCCGUUUGACCCUGAAAGCCCCCUUGUGUGUGAUAAUAGUCUGCAUCUGCGGUGGCGGCAUCUACUGGAAGCUACUGAUAAGCCCGGGGCAAAUUGAGCUUCCCAAAAAUCUUAGCUCCUGCCAACAAGGCCAACACGUGACCCACCACCGGCACCGGAUAAGCGUGGCCUUGCAGUGCCACGGCCUGGUCGGGGUUGGCCCUUGGAGAAGUUGUUUCUGGGGGAGCCAGAAGCUUGGCUCUGACUCAUCUCCUGCCCUGGCGUGGCAACCUUUGUGAGCAACGGUGGUGCGAUGCGCAGAGUGGGAGCUUGCUGCGAGGCGUGGUGCGUUGCCGGUUGCUGUGUCGCCUACCAGGAUCCCACCUGUGUCGCCACUGUAAUAUAGUGGGUUCAAAGUAUUGCAGAGACGAGAUCAUAGUGAGGACAACUCUUUAUUAGGAAAAGCAUGGUGUAGGCUGUUCCAGCAAAGACUGACUAAGGGCCUGUGGGGCAAACUUAUAUACAACUCUAAUCUCCCGCGCUAGCCUGCUAUUGGUUCAUUCAAACAGGCAGGGGUCUAUGAUAGGUGCAGGGUGGUAGGUAUUUGGAUCCCACUAUCCAUUGUUAUAAAGUUCCUAAGCUCUGCUUUCCUGGCUCCAAUGAGCCGGCAGGAAGUACACACUUUAAUGCACAUACAUAACAAAAACAAUAUAUUUAAUGAGUGCAUUUUCUCCCUUCUAACCGCACUCCCCUUGGACUUGCCCUAAGUAGACCUGCAUAAAUUUCUUGGAAAUAACUUCUGAAUGUUAUCAUGCAAAAUGUUGCCUCUUUGUCCACGUUUCCAACCAAUUGCUGAGUCAGAUUGUAUUGGUAAGGGGGGAAAUAAAUCACCUCUGUAACAAUUUUAAUUGGGAGAUCCAGCUGUGAGGGAAUAGUUAAAGUUGUGUUUGACUCUGGAUUAAUGAUUGUGACAAAGAUUUUUUUUUUAAAAAAAGCAUGUUAAUUUAAAAAGGAUUAAGAUGUGCAUAAACAUUCUUGGAAGGUUUUGUGCAAUAAACUAUUUUUCAUAAA